AUGGGUGGGUGGUAUGUGCUUGCCUCGGCGUCGCAAUAUGCAUUUGGAGACGCAACGCUAUUACCCCGAUCUGACAGCCACAUCUUCAGACUGCAAACUCUCUUGUUCCGAAAUGUUCUCGUGAAUCUGAAAGAUCACAUUUACAAUAUGGUUCGGCUUACGAUGACCUCUUCCAUUACGGAGGGCCUCCGGAAACUUUCUGAGGUCAGACCAAAGGUGGAGGAUACGGAAGUUCAGGAUGUUGAAGGACGAGAAUCACCACAAGAGUCGAGUCCCGUGGCUGCACCAAACGAGGCUGAAGAACCGAGUCUUGAAGAUCCCGCUAUCGGAAACCCGAUUACCCAUAGCCAGAUUUUGGACCUUUGGAGGAAUCUAAAAAGCGAGGGCAUCGCUGGGUUCUCUCUGGAGGGGUUGCUGCGAGGCUCUCGGGUAUACAUCCCGCCACCACCACCCAAACCGGAGCCAUCCGAUGAGUACAAGGCUCUUAUGGCCCGCCUCCGGCGCGACGAGGAAGAACGAUCUUACCAGCGCAUGCUCAAGCAGCCAUCCCGCCUAGAAGCCUUCUCCCAGCAGUUUCCGAACGCAUCUGCCAGAGCACACGUUUUUGCCGAAGUUAAUCGACCGAUGCGAGAGUCCGAUAACGGCGACGAUGAAGCCACAUAUGGUGACGUUCAGAAGCAGCUGAUGGUUAUCCUUAAUUUCCUUCUGAGUGUCAUUGGCGUUGGUGCUACGAUAUGGAUUGCCGCGCGCUGGUGGAGUCUGACAGCGCGGAUAUUCUUGACCAUGGGUGGCUCUAUUGUUGUCUUGAUCGCUGAGGUUGCAGUCUACUCAGGCUAUGUAUGGAGGCUUACGGAGGCGAAAACGAAUCGAAAGGAGCCUAAAGAAGUCAAAGAAGUGGUGCAGACGUGGGUGGUGGGCAAAGACGAGCCCCCCGCUGAGAAAGAUGCAACAAUCUUGCUGGAUACAAAGUCCCAGGACAUGGAUGAGGGUAUACGACGGAGGCUGAAGGGUUUGACAUAG